UUUUGGGUUUUUUUUGUUUCCAGGCAACGCCUGUCAACAAACGCUGCGGUAAACGACUGAAAAAAAUUCAGAUGCAGUAUCAGGAAAAGAAAGGGGAUAAAGAGGACUGCGGCUGCACAGUCCCUAUAGAGCGGUGUAAAAGCAACUUUUAGGAAAGCAGAAUGAAGCCAGCAUGCACUUAAAACAGUGCAAAUAAUUUACCGAAGUGUACUACAGAAAAACAGCAUUGAAAACAGGAUAUAUUGGGAGGGAAAAAAACCAACUGAAUGGCUCACCUGAAAAUGGCACCAUAUUCUCAAAAUGGCAGUCUGCCUGCUGGUGACAAAAACCUUUCUAAACUCCCAUCACUGGGGCUUAGAGUGCUGCACACAUCUAAGGCUCUGUCUAAACUUGAACUGAUGAAAAACAAUUUUCAACAGAAACAAUUAGAAGAAAAAGAACAAAAACUGAUUGCUAUGCAUAACCAACAACAGCAAGCUGCUCUCUGUAAAGUGAGACACACUUUCCAACCUCAAACUUAUUCUGCAGCACACAGGAGAGUAAGUAGCCAGCCAGGUGUUACCCAGCACAGAGGCUACAAUUCUGCAGGGGGUAGAUGCAACCCUUCAAACCUGUUUGAUCAGGAACCUGCUUCCACUGCACCUUCCAAGAAAACUACUGGGGUGGACAGAGCUUACCCGCUAAAACCAGUUUACUACAGGAAAGCAGUUAGUCUCAAUGACGUAUUCAGAGCUGGAGAUGCCAAGUCCCAGAAGCCUAUGCAGCCAACAAGAAAUUCACCAUUCAAGCCUUCUCCACCUGCAGAUGCUCGUGUAAGAUCCAACCCGAGGACUGGAAGGUAUUCUGGAGUCCAUAACCUUGAGUAUAUGACACCGUCCCCAGCUACUGUAAACCGGUUGAGAGGGACAGCCACCAGGUCAAAGACAGGUGGGCAGCGGCGUUUACAGGGAGAGAAAAGCAGCCCAGAUGAGAAAGAGUGGUACCUACAGGAAGAGAUCAGAAAGAAAGAGGCUGUCCUCCGAGAGAAGCUCAGGAGAACAGAAGAAGAGCUGCGGAGGAUUCAGAGGGAGAGGGAGCUUGUGGAGGAAAGGAAAGAAAGAGAAAAGCAGGGCCAAAGAGGAAGAGCACAGGUAAAAUACCAUUCAGCCUAUUCAACAGGAGAUGAAUCUAGCAGCAGCAGUGACAGUGCUCUUACAGGACCUUAUAGAGUCUCAGAAGGGUCUGAUGAUGAGGAGCCGAUGAUCAACAUAAGAAGAAAGAUCCAAGUUAAUCAACGGAAAGCAAAAGACACUGCCCAUGUCUCAUAUCCAGCUGAAAAUAACAGUCACAUGAGACCACACUCUCACUCCAAUGAGUCCCGCUCAGAAAAACUUAAAAGAGUCUCUAGCAAUUACAUAUUAAGAGAAAUCAAUGAGUCUCCCAACCGUUAUAACACAUAUGUUAAACAACAAGGCAAACAUUUCUUAACUGAAGAAAACGUCUCUUAUCACAACAUGUCGGUUCCAGAAACUAGUUUUGCAAAUCAUACUGUACAUUUUAAGGAAGAAACACCAGCAGAAAAUGCUGAUUUAACCACAAGCGGUGGUAGGCACUGUAAUCUUUAUGAAGACAAACAAAAUGAGGAUGGCCAGCAUGAUGCAAGUUCCCAGCUGGUAGUCUGUACAUCCUGUAACCGAAAAUUUGCUGCAGACAGACUGGAAAGGCACAGCAAGAUCUGUGAAAAGAUGCAGAAUUCAACACGGAAAGUUUUUGACUCCACCAAGCACAGAGCCAAGGGGACUGACCUGGAGCAAUACAUCAACAGAAGGAGCAAAAAUACUUCACCCCAGCCAAAGAAGAACACCUGGAGACAUAAGCAUGAAACGUUUAUUCGCAACAUUCAGCAAGCCAGACUGGUGCAGCAAGUGAUCGCUAAAGGUGGGAAAGCGUCUGACCUGCCUCCACCACUGCCUGACGAGAAUCCAGACUACGUUUCCUGCCCACACUGCGCUCGUCGUUUUGCCCCAAGGGUAGCAGAGAGACACAUUCCAAAAUGUGAGAAUAUCAAGAGCAGACCACCUCCACCGAGAAGAACGUGAUAACAUUGGAGAGACACCAGAGGACUGUUCACAGUGGGGGGGGGGGGGGGG